AUGUCGAUCCCAGUCUUUCAAGGUGGCAAGAAGAAGCGAGGAACGCCAAAAAUUUACGGAUUCCACACGUUCGGGCACGCCGGCUGCCCAAUCGAGCCGAAGGGUCCGUUCCGCGAUAACGUCCGAGCGUUUCUUCAAGAAUGCGCUGAACCAGAAGGCUACAAUGUCGACGGGAUGCCGGUUUGGUGCACCUCUCUGGUCGACGAGAGCAGGGGAUUCUUGGUUCCCCUCUACACCAUUGAAGAAAAUGUCAAGCAUUCUCUAACCCCCUUUUGCGACCGCUGUCGCUGCACCGGUUGGAGCCGCCAUUUUGUGUCGAAACGGAAGUAUCAUAUGAUAAUUCCGGUGGAUAAUGAGUGGGAUAAGCCUCUGGAUGAUGGUGUUUUUGAUCUUCAAACCCAUCUCUUGCAUGGCUUGAUUCAUUGUAAUGGGUUUGGCCAUCUGCUCUGCAUCAAUGGAAUCGAAGGCGGGUCCAAGUAUCUCUGCGGCAGAGAAGUGAUGGAUCUUUGGGAUCGUAUAUGCAAUAAUCUUCAUGCUUGGAAAAUUACAGUGGAGGAUGAGUCGAAGAAGAGGAUGAUGGACCUUCGGUUGCUUCACGGGGUGGCUUACGGGCACCCGUGGUUCGGCCGGUGGGGAUAUAGAUUCUGCCGUGGAAGCUUUGGGGCCACUGAACACAAAUAUGAAAGGGCGGUUGACUUUCUCAGCUCGUUGGAACUGGAGAAGAUCAUCCUCGAUUUCAGCGCCACGAAUCGAUACAGAGAUGUCAAGCAAAUAGUUUGUUAUUACAGAGACUUGAGUGAAACCAAAUUGAUCACUCUCAGAGAUCUACUCAGAUUCAUGUUGACUCUCAAGUCUCGAGUUCCAUUCGACCGAAAACUUGCUAUUUUGGCUUGUGCAUCGUCUGCCUGUGGAAAGCCUUUGACAAGAACAACUCUACAAUGCAAGCACGUGGUGAUGAGGGAAAGAGCUGCCAAGUGCAGAAAGUUUUCUAAUGUGGCUGCCAAUUUAGAUAGCCGGUGGCCAGUGAGAAGAUUGGAGUACGCGGCCAACGUGAUUGUGAGUGCAUUGAAGGAGAAGAAAGCAACGAACAGGUCUAUUGAUGCCGGGAUGACCAGGCAGGAAGCACGAGAUGCUGCUCGCCUGCACAUUGGUGACACCGGCUUGAUUGACUAUGUGUUGAAAUCGAUGAACAACGUAAUUGUUGGAGGCCUGGUUGUUCGCCGUGCUGUGAAUCCAACAACUCGGGUCUUGGAAUACACGAUUCAGGAACUCGGGGAUGAGAUUCGAGUCAAUGACCCCGAGCCAAAAAUAGUCCAUGAGCCUAUCCCCGCACCUGCUGUGGCGCCCGGCGUUGAUGUUUACACUGAUGUGACCUAUUUGUACAAGAACAUACUACUUGAUUACCCUGAAUCUGAAGUAGUCGGAUUAGGUGUUCAAACUAUUCUGGACACCAAACACUUCGUGAAGGAGUGGCCUUUUAAGGAUGAAGACGAUGAGUUACUGAGAUAUGAUUGUCGGAUACUGCCAAGUUUGAGUGACCUAGAGAACGAAAUGGUAAGGGAAUUCUCACCUGGUGAACAGAUUGUACUUCCCCUGCAUGCUACAAUUGGUGAACUGAAGGAAGCAAUGCAGGCUGCAAUGAGGGACACUUACUGUGUCACUGAGCAAAUACUGAUAACAGACAUAGAAAGAAUGGAGGAAAUGGAGGAUGGGGAAGUGCUGUUCGGUGCCAUUGAGCCUGGUUCGGAGCUCUGGCUGAGAGCGCAGGGGUUGGAUCUGGAAACAGAGCUUAAGUACGAAGGCGGGGCUGACAAUUGGACGGUCAGGUGCAGGUGUGGAGCGAGGGACGAUGAUGGGGAGAGGAUGGUGGCGUGUGACAUAUGCGAAAUAUGGCAGCACACUCGCUGCAGUGGCAUAGAUGACGCUGAGGCUGUGCCACCCCUGUUUGUGUGUUCUAAGUGCUGCGCUUCUCUGAUGCCGUCCCGAGCGCAGCCUAGCUUCGAGUUUGAGGAUUUUGUGAUGGAGCCCCUUGAGUGCUAAUAAGUUUUCAGGC